UUUAGAACGGUGGGGGCUCUGGAGAAUAUAAGGUGGCCAUAUUUGAUAGAUUUGUGUCGGGCUCUGCAAUGCAGAAAGCGAGAGUUGUUGCGUGUGAUCUUGCAAGUGACAGUGACACCGGGCAAGUCUGUCGGAUUCGUGACUGAUCCGGACUUGGAGAGAGAGAGAGAGAGGGAGAGAGAGAGAGAGAGAGAGAGAGGGGGAGGGAGAGAGAGAGAGAGAGAGAGAGAGAGGGGGAAAAGAAAAAAAGGAGGGAGGGGGGCAGACAGAAAAGAAACAAACAAGUAACAAUGUAACUUACAUGCAGUCACACACCCCUUUUUUCUUGUAACAAUGUGUACGUUUUUGAGGAGGGAGGGGGCACGCAAAGCGAGAAAGAGAGACGGGGAGAGAUAGAGAAAGGAGGAGGGGGGUGCGUUCUGAAAUAAUAUAGUCAGCCAUUUUUUAUGUAAGGGGAUUUUUUCUUAUUGGGGGGGUUGUUAAAAAAUAAAUAUAAGAGGGCGGCCAUCUUUGUUGCUCUGCCUAGUGUAAAAUAUUCCAAAACGCCCCCCACUUUUUUCUGUGCCGAUUUGAAUAUUAAAUAAAUAUCAUAUAUUCGGGCAAGAUUGCGCUUUUUUGAAUACAAGGACGGAUCCAAUGACAGGAAUAUAAUGUCCUCUCCUCUCCGGUCCUGUGAGGAAGACGAGGGCAUGGUGGUUAAUUCCGAGGGAGGAGAUUUUGAUGAAGAAGACGACGACGGAGACCUAGACGAGAACGCAAGCGACAUAAACUCGCCGGCGGCGCCUCGGGAAACUGCAACACCAGCCGCGCCAGCCGAAGAGCCCGAUAUAUCCGACAGGGAGGUCCCCAUCAGGAAGAAAGGCCGGCCCAAGAAGAAGAAGGACACCAAAAAGAAGGACAAAGAGGGGAAACCUGUCAAAGCCAAAAAACGCAAGAAGCUCGAAAGUGAUGUAGAGAGAGACUCUGACAGAGAAAGAGACUAUGGGGAGAAUUCAGACAGCAUCGGCAGCGACUAUGGCUCUGGUGAGAAAAAGAAAAAGAAGAAACACAAAGAAAGAAAAGAGAAGAAAACUAAAAAGAAGAAAAAAGACGACGGGGACCGAGACAGCAGUCAGGAGGAAACGACUAAGCAACCGAUAGAGCAGAAGACCUCAGCCCAGCUGGCGAAGGAGUGGGGUCUGGAGGAUGUUGAUCAUACCUUCACGGAGGAGGACUACAGGGAGCUCACCAACUACAAAGCCUUCAGCCAGUUCAUGAGGCCAAUGAUAGCCAAGAAGAACCCGAAGAUCCCCAUGUCAAAGAUGAUGACCAUCCUGGGAGCCAAGUGGAGGGAGUUCAGCUCCAACAACCCCUUCAAAGGCAACGCGGCUGCCGUGGCGGCCGCCGCUGCCGCCGCCGCCAUCGCCGUUGCCGAGCAGGUCUCUGCAGCGACCGCCUCACCCGAGCCGCCGCCUCAGCCGCCACCGAUUAGAAAGGCCAAGACGAAAGAGGGCAAGGGCCCGGGCUACAAGAAACGCAGUAAAAGUCCUCGAGUUCCAGACAAGAAAAAAGCAUCAGCUGUUGCCAAGGCUAAGAAGAUGGCACCGAUUCGUAUUAAACUAUCUCCCAUCGGCGCCAAGAGGAAGAAGAGCUGCUCGAGCGAGGACCUGGACGAGGAUGAGUCUGAGCAGGAGGACUCCAGCGUUCACAGCUCCUCGGUUCGCUCUGACAGCUCCGGCCGAGUGAAGAAGAACAAGCGGGGACGGCCUGCCAAGAAGAAGAAGAAAAUCCCGGGGGAGGAGGAAGGCGACGGUUAUGAGACGGACCAUCAGGACUACUGCGAGGUGUGCCAGCAGGGCGGGGAGAUCAUCCUGUGUGACACCUGCCCCCGGGCGUACCACCUCGUCUGCCUGGAGCCCGAGCUGGAGAAGGCCCCCGAGGGCAAGUGGAGCUGCCCCCACUGCGAAAAAGAGGGCAUUCAGUGGGAAGCGAAGGAUGAGGACUUUGAGGAUUUCGAGGAGGACAGCGAGGACAGGGUCAUCUCGGAGGUCAGCGUGGGGGUCCACGCGGGCGCGGAGGAGGAGGACGACGACCACAUGGAGUUCUGCCGGGUGUGCAAGGACGGCGGCGAGCUGCUGUGCUGCGACACCUGCACGUCCUCCUACCACAUCCACUGCCUCAACCCGCCGCUGCCCGAGAUCCCCAACGGCGAGUGGCUGUGCCCGCGCUGCACGUGUCCGCCCAUCAAAGGUCGCGUCCAGAAGAUCCUCCACUGGCGGUGGGGCGAGCCGCCGCCUCCCAUUCCCGUCCCCCCGGCUCCCGACGCGCCGCCCGACGCCCCGCCGCCCCCGCCCAUGAAGGGCAGAGCCGAGAGGGAGUUCUUCGUCAAGCUGACCGGCCAGUCGUACUGGCACUGCACCUGGAUCACCGAGCUGCAGCUGGAGAUCUUCCACUCGGUGAUGUACAGAAACUACCAGAGGAAAACAGACAUGGACGAGCCUCCCAGUCUGGAUUACGGCUCGGGCGGCGAGGACGAGAACGGCGUGGGGAAGAGCGAGAAGCGGCGGGCCAAAGACCCCCAGUUCGCCAUACUGGAGGAAAAAUACUACAAAUACGGCAUCAAGCCCGAAUGGAUGAUGAUUCACCGCAUCAUCAACCACAGCAUGGACAAGAAGGGGACGUACCACUACCUGGUCAAGUGGAGAGAUCUGACCUACGACCAAUGCACCUGGGAGAGAGACGACCUGGAGAUCCCAGACUUCGCGAUUUACAAGGCCAGCUACUGGAGACACAGGGACGCCAUCAUGAAGGAGGACCCCGACAAACCCAGGAAGAUCAGGAGCAAGAACGCAGAGGGUGAAGAAGAGUCUCCUGCCUCACCCGUCACUGAUCCGACCAUUAAAUACGAGGAGCAGCCGGACUUCGUCACGUCGACGGGCGGCACGCUGCACCUCUACCAGCUGGAGGGCCUGAACUGGCUCCGCUUCUCCUGGGCUCAGGGCACCGACACCAUCCUGGCAGACGAGAUGGGCCUGGGCAAGACCAUCCAGACCAUCGUCUUCCUCUACUCGCUCUUCAAAGAGGGCCACACGAAGGGCCCGUUCCUGGUCAGCGCGCCGCUUUCCACCAUCAUCAACUGGGAGAGGGAGUUCGAGAUGUGGGCGCCCGACUUCUACGUGGUGACGUACACGGGAGACAAGGACAGCCGCGCCAUCAUCCGGGAGAACGAGUUCUCCUUCGACGACACGGCCGUGAAACAAGGGAAGAAGGCCUUCAAGCUGAGGCGAGAGGCUCCCAUCAAAUUCCACGUGCUGCUCACCUCCUACGAGCUGGUGACCAUCGACCAGACGGCGCUCAAGUCCAUCGACUGGGCCUGCCUGGUGGUGGACGAGGCCCACAGGCUGAAGAACAACCAGUCCAAGUUUUUCAGGCGUCUGAACGACUAUAAGAUCGACCACAAGCUGCUGCUGACAGGAACUCCCCUUCAGAACAACCUGGAGGAGCUUUUCCAUCUGCUCAACUUCCUCACGCCCAACCGUUUCAAUAACCUUGACGGCUUCCUGGAAGAGUUUGCCGACAUCUCCAAGGAGGACCAGAUCAAGAAGCUCCACGACCUGCUGGGGCCUCACAUGCUGCGCCGGCUGAAGGCCGACGUCUUCAAGAACAUGCCCGCCAAGACCGAGCUGAUUGUCAGAGUGGAGCUGAGUCCUAUGCAAAAGAAAUAUUACAAGCUGAUCCUGACCAAGAACUUUGAGGCGCUGAACUCCAAAGGCGGAGGAAACCAGGUCUCCCUGCUCAAUAUCAUGAUGGACCUAAAGAAGUGCUGCAACCACCCCUACCUCUUCCCCGUCGCCUCCAUGGAAGCCCAGAAAACUCCCAGCGGUGCUUACGAGGGCUCGGCCCUCACCAAGGCCUCUGGAAAACUCACGCUGUUGCAGAAGAUGCUGAGGAAGCUGAAAGAGCAGGGCCACCGAGUUCUGGUCUUCUCACAGAUGACCAAAAUGUUGGAUUUACUAGAAGACUUCCUGGACUAUGAAGGCUACAAAUACGAGAGGAUCGAUGGAGGCAUCACCGGGGCGCUGAGACAAGAGGCCAUCGACCGCUUCAACGCUCCCGGCGCCUGUCAGUUCUGCUUCCUGCUUUCCACCCGAGCCGGAGGUUUGGGCAUCAACCUGGCCACGGCCGACACCGUCGUCAUCUUCGACUCGGACUGGAACCCUCACAACGACAUUCAGGCCUUCAGCCGGGCGCACCGCAUCGGGCAGGCCAACAAGGUGAUGAUCUACCGCUUCGUGACGCGGGCCAGCGUGGAGGAGCGCAUCACCCAGGUCGCCAAGAGGAAGAUGAUGCUGACCCACCUGGUGGUGCGGCCGGGCCUGGGCUCCAAAGCCGGCUCCAUGACCAAGCAGGAGCUGGACGACAUCCUCAAGUUCGGGACGGAGGAGCUCUUCAAGGACGAGGGAGAAGGUAUGAAGAACAACUCGGGCGAUAAGGCCGAGGACGAGGGCAACGUCAUCCACUACGACAGCGCGGCCAUCGAACGGCUCCUGGACCGGAGUCAGGACGCCACGGACGACUCCGACGUCCAGAACAUGAACGAGUACCUCAGCUCCUUCAAGGUGGCCCAGUACAUGGUCCGGGAGGAGGACAAGAUCGAGGAGAUCGAGCGGGAGAUCAUCAAGCAGGAGGAGAACGUGGACCCGGAUUACUGGGAGAAGCUGCUGCGGCAUCACUACGAGCAGCAGCAGGAAGAUCUGGCCAGCAAACUGGGCAAAGGCAAGAGGAACCGCAAGCCGGUCAACUACAACGACGCAGCGCAGGAGGACCAAGAUAACCAGUCCGAGUAUUCAGUGGGCUCCGAGGAGGAGGACGAGGACUUUGAUGACCGGCCAGAAGGUCGAAGGCAGUCGCGCCGCCAGCUGAGGAAUGAGAAGGAUAAACCUCUGCCUCCUCUUCUGGCCAGAGUCGGAGGCAGCCUUGAGGUGCUGGGCUUCAACACGCGCCAGCGGAAGGCCUUCCUGAACGCGGUGAUGCGCUGGGGGAUGCCGUCCCAGGACGCCUUCUCCUCCCAGUGGCUGGUCCGGGACCUCCGGGGCAAAACCGAGAAGGAGUUCAAGGCGUACGUGUCCCUGUUCAUGCGUCACCUGUGCGAGCCGGUGGCCGACGGCGCCGAGACGUUUGCGGACGGCGUCCCGAGGGAGGGGCUGUGCCGCCAGCCGGUCCUCACGCGCAUCGGCGUCAUGUCGCUCGUCAAGAAGAAGAUCCAGGAGUUUGAGCACAUCAACGGGCGCUGGAGCCUUCCGGAGCUCAAGCCCGAGGUCAGCGUGGACAAGUCGUCCUCCAGGGCCUCCUCCCCCACCGUGAAGACCGCCACCCCCACCCCGGACGCCAGCUACAACAACACGCCGUGCACCUCCAAGCCAGCCACCCCUGCUCCUGUGGAGAAGCCUGAGAAGAACGGCAAGGAGGGCGAGAAGGAGGAGGAGAAGGAGGAAGACGAGGCUCGGCAGGAAAAGGAGAAAGCGAAGGAGAAGGAUGAGGGGAAGGAGGCGGACGGCAGCAAGAGUGCGGAGUCAGAGGAGGUUUCAACAAAAGAAGCGACACAAAGUGCAUCUCCCGGUCAAAAAGGCGACGGCAAGGAGGACGGCGAGGUGAAAGACGGCGAGAAGAAAGAGGCGAGCGACGCUCCGGCCGCCGCCGGCGAGGAGAACAAAGUCCAGGAGGAGAGCAAGGAGGAGACGAAGCAGGCGUCCAAACAAGACGCAGAUGUUAAAGAGGAGAAGUCAGAAGGAGAAAAGGUAGAGGAGGGAAAGGAAAAAGAAAAGAAGGAGGAAACAACAACAACAGAAGCGACAGAAGUCAAGGAGAAAACCGAGGCAGCAGACGUGAAGAAAGAAGAGGUCAAAGGUGAAAAGGACGCCGCAAAAGAAGCCAAGCCAGCGAAGGAGGAGGCGCCCAGGGGCAACGGGAAGCCUCCCAGCGAGCGGCCGCGCUUCAUGUUCAACAUCGCGGACGGCGGCUUCACCGAGCUGCACACUCUCUGGCAGAACGAGGAGCGGGCCGCCAUCUCCUCGGGGAAGAUGAAUGAGAUCUGGCACCGCCGACACGACUUCUGGCUGCUGGCGGGAAUCGUGAUUCACGGCUACGCCCGGUGGCAGGACAUCCAGAACGACCCGCAGUUCGCCAUCGUCAACGAGCCGUUCAAGUCGCAGGCCAACAAGGGCAACUUCCUGGAGAUGAAGAACAAGUUCCUGGCGCGGCGCUUCAAGCUGCUGGAGCAGGCGCUGGUGAUCGAGGAGCAGCUGCGGCGGGCGGCCUACCUGAACAUGACCCAGGACCCCACCCACCCCGCCAUGGCGCUCAACGCCCGCUUCGCCGAGGUGGAGUGCCUGGCCGAGUCGCACCAGCACCUCAGCAAGGAGUCGCUGGCGGGCAACAAGCCGGCCAACGCCGUCCUCCACAAAGUGUUGAACCAGCUGGAGGAGCUGCUCAGCGACAUGAAGGCCGACGUGACCCGGCUGCCGGCCACGCUGUCCAGGGUCCCGCCCAUCGCCGCCCGCCUGCAGAUGUCCGAGAGGAGCAUCCUCAGCCGGCUCGCCAGCAAGGGCACCGAGACGCACACGCCCCCGCCCAUACCUCCAGGACCCUACGCCACCCCUCAGAACUACGGCGCCCCCUUCACGCCGGCGCCCAGCGCCCUGCACCUGGGAGGGGCCAACUACAGCCAGAUGCCGCCCGGCUCCUUCAUAUCAGAAGCCGCUGCCGCUGCUGGGGCCACCGGGGGAGCCGCUGGUGGAGCUGCCGGAGGGCCAGCCGCCGCCGGCGCCUGCCAGAAGACCAAGGAGCACGAUGUGGUGCAGCGGCAGCGGGUGGUGGACCUGUGGAAGGACGGCAAGUCCGAAGGGGCCAUCGGGCAGGAGCUGAGGAUGCCCAAGUCCACAGUGCACAGCAUUAUCGUCAAGUACCGGCUCAGCAACACGGUGGAGAACCUCCCGCGCAACGGGAGACCAAAGAAACCCUGAAGGAGGAAAAAAAAAAAAAAAAACCCU